AAUGCUGCUGAAGCUUAACCGUUAGCGAGCUAAAGCUACCAAAAUAUGCCCUCCUUAGUAAAUCUGUUGCAACUGAUUGCAUUUUUAGAAUGAUUUCGUAGGCUACUUUUUGUAGAAUUGAAGACAUUUUGUGUGAUUUCAUUUCAUGAUAUAACUUUAUAAGGUUCCAGGGAUCCAGAUAGGAGUGUUUUCUGUCGCCUUUAAAACAAACCAUCGGAAAUGAUCCUGUCCCGCGUGAAGCCGGCUGUGGGAGCAGAGACUGAGGGGAGCAUCGGUGAGAAGAAGAAGAAACAAACGGUUCCCAGUUUGGAGGAAUAUCUCCAGCAGAGGGACUACCUGGGAAGCUUAACAUUACUGGAGUUUCAGAGAAGCAUUGGAGAGAAAGAGGAGAAUACAGACCUUUGGAUUUGCUACUGUGCAUUUCACCUUGGGGAUUACAUGAGAGCCAUGGAGGAGUAUAAAUCUCUGACCCGGAGGCCGGAUUGUCCUGCAGAGGUCUGGGUCUAUCUGGGCUGUGCCCUGUUUUUUCUGGGGCUUUAUAAAGAAGCUGAGGAGGCUGCAUCAAAAGCGCCGAUGUCUCCACUCCAAAACCGGCUGCUGUUUCAUCUGGCCCACAAGUUUAACGACGAAAAAAGACUGAUGCGCUUCCACCAGAACCUGGAGGAUGUGACAGAGGACCAGCUGAGCCUGGCCUCCAUCCACUACAUGCGCUCGCACUACCAGGAGGCCAUAGACAUCUAUAAACGCCUUCUGCUGCAGAACAGAGAUUACCUGGCGCUUAAAGUCUACAUGGCUCUUUGUUACUACAAGCUGGACUACUAUGAUCUGUCUCAGGAGGUUCUGGCUGUUUACCUGCAGAACGUUCCGGAUUCAACCAUAGCGCUCAACCUGAAAGCCUGCAACUACUUCAGGCUUUACAACGGCAAGGAGGCUGAGGCUGAGCUGAAGAACCUUAUUGACAUCUCCUCCUGCUCCUCUGAGUUUGCGAAGGAGGUUAUCCAACACAACCUGGUGGUGUUCCGCGGUGGGGAGGGGGCGCUGCAGGUGCUGCCUCCUUUGAUCGACGUGAUUCCUGAGGCUAGACUCAACCUGGUCAUCUACUAUCUGAGACAAGAUGAUGUCCAGGAAGCUUACAACCUCAUCAAAGAUGUGGUUCCCAACACAACUCAGGUAUAUAUUUUGAAAGGAGUGGUGAAUGCUGCCGUGGGACAAAAAAUCGGAUCGAGGGAUCACCUGAAAGUGGCCCAGCAGUUUUUCCAGUUGGUGGGCGGCUCAGCUAGCGAGUGCGAUACUAUCCCUGGCAGACAGUGCAUGGCCUCCUGCUUUUUUCUCCUGAGACAGUUUGAGGAUGCUCUCGUCUAUCUCAACUCUGUCAAGAGUUACUUUUAUAACGACGAUACGUUCAACUUCAACUACGCCCAAGCCACAGUAGCGCAGGGACAGUACAAAGAGGCAGAGGAGUGUUUCCUGCUCAUUCAAGAUGAAAAUAUCAAGAAUGACUAUGUGUACCUUAGCUGGCUGGCUCGGUGCUACAUAAUGAACCAGAAGGGCCAGCUUGCCUGGGAGCUUUAUCUGAAAAUGGGCACCUCCUCAGAUUCCUUCAGUGUGCUGCAGCUGAUCGCCAACGACUGCUAUAAGAUGGGCCAGUUCUACUAUGCCGCCAAAGCAUUUGAUGCACUGGAGAAGCUGGACCCAGGCUCCUGUUACUGGGAGGGUAAAAGAGGCGCUUGUGUCGGUGUGUUUCAGCUCAUCGUGGCAAACAAGGAGCCCAGGGAGAAGCUUAAAGAAGUUUUGGCCCUCCUUCGAAAUUCAGGAAACCCUCAGGCUGAAUACAUUAUCCGAGUCCUGAGAAAGUGGGCCAAAGACAACAGAGUGCUCCUCUCGUGAGACGGAGAGGCGGCUAAGUGUGUCACAGGAAUGGAUCUACCCCACAACAAAUUAAACUGUCAUGUCCUAACAUUUACAAUAAAAUAUGCCUAUUUUUAAAUGCA